AUGCAAGAAGGCUACAUCGACGUCGGAGGAAUUCCUACUCACGUAAUGUGUUGGGGUAAAUGGAUUUCGGACCGUUUCGACAAUUCUGACAAUGAAUUAAUCAUUUGUGUGAGCGGAAAUCCCGGUUUAAUUGGCUUUUAUUCAAAGUUCCUCGGAAAACUUUAUGAAUCGUUGGAUGUUUGUCACGGAAAAAAGAUUCCCAUUUGGGGCAUUGGGCAUGCAGGACAUGACGAUCCGCCCCGAAAUUCUGAAAAAAAGGUCCCGCGACUCAAAGGAAACGAGCAGCUCUUCAAUUUGCAGGGACAAAUUCAUCACAAAAUGCGAUUUAUCGAGCAAUAUGUGCCGAAACACGUCAAAAUCUACAUGAUCGGGCACUCAAUCGGAGCUUACAUGAAUUUGGAGUUGUUGCGAGAGCCGGAAAUUAAGAAACAAGUAAAAAAAUCGUACAUGCUCUUUCCGACAAUCGAACGAAUGGCAGCAUCGCCGAACGGGAAACUCUUUACACGAUUUUUCCCAUGGAUGACACAACUUGCCGUCUGGAUUUAUGCCCUUUUUGCCUUGCUGCCGGAGAAAGUUCGCAUUUUUAUCAUUUUUUUGUACUUUUCGGUGUUUCGCAUCGAGAAGCAAUUCAUCGGGACAGCGCUCAAAUACACGCAACCGCGUAUCGUGCAAAAAGUCAUUCAUCUCGCUGUGGAUGAAAUGGAAAAAGUUGUGACGCCUGACUACGAUUUGAUACGGAAAAACAGCAAAAUUUUAGCUUUUUAUUAUGGAACGACCGAUGGAUGGACUCCCGUUGAGUAUUUCAAUGAUUUGACGAAAAAUGUCCCGGAGGUCGAAGCGCAACUCUGUAAACGGGGCAUUGCUCAUGCUUUUGUCUUGAAAAGCUCCAAUGAAAUGGCCUAUCUCGUUGCUGAAUGGAUAAAUGGAGAUAUGGAUAAGGAGUUAGCUGAAAAAAAAGCUUCAAGAAAAAGUUAA